AUGGUGGGAAAAGGAUCUUUUGGAGUUGUAUGGAAAGGCAAGUGGCGUGGACGUUACGUAGAAAUAAAACAUAUCAAUACUGAGGGUGAAAAAAGAGCAUUUGCUGUUGAAGUAAGACAACUGUCACGGGUAUCGCAUCCUAAUAUCGUACGCCUUUAUGGUGCGUGUACUAAAGAUUCUGUUUGCUUGGUGAUGGAGUAUGCUGAAGGUGGAUCCUUUAUACAAUGUGCUACAUUGUGAACCAAAACCAAGAUAUAUAUUCAAGCGCCGAUCUUUGAGAUUUUUUUUUGUUGGUUUUGAUGGGAUUAUGUGCAAAGAACCAAGAAAUACAAAGAAAUACAAAUAACUCAAUUUCGCAAAAAAUGUGACUUAUGGGUUUCUUAAAUAAAUGAUUCAAAUGCGAAACUCGGGUAAUAUAAUAGAGAAAUCU